AUCUCAUCAUUUCAUCCUCGUCAACUGAAUUUUAAUCAGAAAUUUAAUUUAAGAUUUGUCCCAGUGAUUAGGAUUACUUUCUGUAAAGCAAAAUACUAAAAUUUAGUGAAACAAGUGGUGAAGUUUCAUUGUUACAACCGUAAUUUAGUUCAUUUCUUCUUCAUAAUGAAUAACUCCGAAUCCACUAACGUAAUGAAUUUCCAAGAAACUGAAACCGAUGAAACCGGCAGCAGUAGUACAGUAUCAUUUCAGAUCAACGAAGCUUCAAUACUUCGCAAAGAUUUCGAUAUUUUAAAGAACAUGGGAAAAGGAGCUUACGCUGCUGCUGUCUAUAAAGUGCGAAACAAGUUGGACGUCAAAUUAUAUGCCAUUAAAGUCAUUCCUUGUGAGGAAUUAAACGAAGAAAUGCCGAAAGAGGUAGAAUUUUUAUCGGUAUUGAAUCAUCCUAAUGUAGUACGUUAUUGUACUGCGUGGACCGAUGGCGCUAAGAAAAAGGAAUACUAUGAUAAAGACAGUGAGAGUAGCGAUGAUUUUGUCAAAUUUGAACGAGAAUCUGAAAAAUCCGAUGUUACUGCUAAAGAUAUCAGUCCAACUUCGACGGACUCGAAUAAUCAUUGUAUCUGUAUGUUCAUACAAAUGGAGUUUUGCAAAACUACUUUGGCAAACGUGAUAAAGGGCACUAUUGAUGGACCUUUGUCUCCAGAUGGGGACAAAGAGCUUCAUAAGAAUCUAGACAGAAUUUUACGGCUGAUAACGCACAUCGUCAAAGGAUUGGCUUAUAUACACGAUAAAGGUAUAAUUCAUCGUGAUCUGAAACCGGAGAAUAUUUUGAUUGAUGGCGACGACUUCGCGAAAAUAGGAGAUUUUGGAUUAGCAACGUGGAAUCACGCAUUGACUGAUGGAAAAGCAUCCCAUACUGGAAAGGUUGCCACUCCAUUGUAUGAUGCUCCUGAAUUAGGCACAGUAUGUUCUGGUUCAUCAAAUGCGCAUUAUAAUGAGAAAGUUGACAUGUACAGCCUUGGAAUAAUCAUCUACGAAAUGUGUUGCCCUCGUUUUGAAACUGCCAUGGAACGUAAAGAAGUUUUAAGCGAUUUAAGAAACAAUCCUAUACAUAUUCCACAAUUUGAGCUACCGAAAGGACUGUCAAAAUUGAUUCGCGAAUUGUUAGAUCAUGACUCCAAGGGAAGGCCGAGCGCCGCUGAAAUAUUAAAGAACGGGUGCUUGGUUUUCGAUGAAAUUGAUAUGAAUCCGAAUACAUUUUCUGUUGCGAAAAUACUGCCAAGUCCAGUGGCGAGUAAAAUCAAUUUGGUGGAGGCAAUGAAGGGCAAAGCUAGGAAAAUUUUCGAGCUUCAUGGAGGGUACUCAUUUCCUCAUGGAUUGCCGAUGCCAUCAUGCUACCAGUAUUCGGUUGAGAAUAGUGCAAUACAUUCGAAAACAUAUUGUUUCUUCGAGAAUCUCACUGGUGCUUCAAAUACGAUGUAUACUCGUGCGAGAUUUGAUAUGGUCUCUCCUGACUCCACUUAUGCAAACUUCGCCAUGACAGUGGAGGCAUUGGAGAUAGCCUAUGAAUUCUUAGAUUCGUUUUCAGGCUGGGUGAACACAUCAGAUUUUGUGAUCCGCCUAACUGACAGUAAGAUUAUAUCUGCUCUUGCGACUCUACAAAAAGAUUAUGAAAACUUAAAAGUGUGGAGCGUAUUUCGGAAUGUGAAGCGUUUAAUAAAUAUCUUUAAAUCAAGGAAGAUAAAAUGUCCAAUUCUUGUAGCUCCGAAAUUACAUGAGGUCUACCAUUUGUCAGAAACUGUGUUCCAAAUAGUCAGUAUUGACAAAGUGCUGGCAUCUGGUGAUCGGUAUCGUUUACCUGUAAAAUGCGGAUCUGAUUCUGCAAACCAAUUUAUUAAGCAACAAUCAGUGAUUGGAGUUACCAUCUAUGUGACUCGUUUCAUCGAUAUCUUAGAAUCAAAGAAUAUAUUCUUGUCAAAAUUUGACGUUUUUAUUGGCUCCGUCUACUGCAAUCAGUUAAUAGAAGAGAAGCUGGAUUUGGCAAAGAAGCUAAGAGAUGUUGGAAUACGUUGUACUCCUUCUUACACUAAUUAUAGAAACAUACGAGCAAUUAAAAAAUACGUCGAGAAGACGAAGAUACAUUAUGCUGUGAUAUUAGAAAAAAAUAAACUCGAAAGAAACCGCCAAGUUGCGUUAUAUUCUAGGAUUAGUGGAAACUGUUAUCAGGAGGAAGACAUCCCUUUGGAGAAUAUCGUACCUCAUUUGAGAAAGAGCAUCGAACAAUCAAAUAUGAUGCAAUUCUUAUCAUCUUAAUUUUUCCGAUUUUUGUAAUAUCGACGAAAUAAAAAUGGAUACGUGUUUCGGCGAGUUUACAUAGUCAAUUUUUUAAAUUAUGUUUGUAUUUUUAUACGUAUACGUCAAACGUUUGUUUUAUAUUACGAAAUAAAGUUUUUUUUUUUUUUUUAAA